ACAAGGCAAAGCUGAACUAUUUCUGGAUUCAAUUCAAACGACGGAAUUUGAGAAAGAACCACAAAUUUGCCUUUCAAUUUCAAGUUCCAUCAGUGAGAGAAGAAAACAAAUAUUUCUGGAUUGAUUUGCAGAGUGCAAAGCUACCAUCACAUAUGCGUUAAAGUAAGAGGAACGAGAAAAAGAUCAAUAAGUAGAAGGAAUGACGGGGUUCGGCAAGGCUUCGGGACCGGCAGGGCCACCGUCAUCGCAACCGCGGUUCGGGAACUUUCCUCGUCCUCCUUCUCCUCCUCAAACGCUGCCUUUUCCUCAUUCUGUCUCUGCACGAUCUCCAAGUCCCAGGGAUCCUGUAGCUAUAGAGAGAGUGCGGUCACCACCAUUGGUUUAUGAUUCAUUGAUUUAUGAAACCUCUGGUCUUGCUGAACAAUCUGCUGGAAUCCCAAGGAGACCUGGAACACUAGAAAGAGUGCGCUCUCCUCCACUGUCCUUUGACAACAACGGAAGACCAUCUUAUCCAUCUGUUGGAGCCCAGAGGCCCACUGUCUCACCUCCUCAAUGGGUUAAUGGUACGAGAUCUUUUUCUAAACUUGAUGAACUAACAAAUCUAAGGCCUUCUGCAGUCACUUCAUUUGUUGCUUCACGAAAUUCCGGAAAUAGUUUCACAGCUAAGUUCUCCAGAUUUCAAGAUUUAAAAAGGUCUAGAUCACCUCCUUCAUAUGCUUCGAGUGAAGACAUUUCUAGAAAUUCCAGUCGAACUUUCCUUCAAAGCAAUUCAGAUUCGCUUGUUGAUAAUCACUUAAGUCCAGCAAGAACAAAAUUGCCUCCCUCGCCUUUUGAAAAUGACAGUUCAACUGAGCAUGUCUAUCCUUCUUUUGGUGACGGCCAACCGCCUGUUUUAUCUCCUUCUGCAUUGGAUAAUCAGCAAAAGUUUCCAAAUGAUUAUCCUAAUCCUUUGGUCCGCCAACAACAAUCCUCGGACUUGCCACAUGCGGGUUCUUAUGAUAAUCCAAGAAGUUUUAUAAAUGAAGUUGCUGACGUCCCUGUGCCCACGCAAUCCAGGUCGCCACCCAGACCAGCUACAAAUGAAGUUCUUCAAAAGGAAUCCCAAAGGCCAUCUACAUCUCCUCCUAGGUUGGAUGUUAGAUCAAAUUUUCCGUCCAGUGCAUCUGAUUUCCAAAUUCCUCAGAGAACUUUUCCUUCUGCCAAUAAUACUGCUCUGGAACCUGCUCCCAACAGGAUAACCAACUACUCUGUUGCAAAGAGAACAAGGUCACCUCCUUUGCCUACUGCUGAUAAAGUCAUUCAAGAUGAUACUGAACGAGAGAUGCAAGCCAAGGCAAAGCGGUUAGCUCGCUUUAAGGAUGAAUUGAGUAGAAGUGUUGAAAAUAGACCUGAUUUUGCCGAACAAAAGACUUCUAUUGGCAGACUUGAACAAUCUAAAGCGGAAAGACAACAGUUUAUUGGAAGGCACUCCACAGUAUCUGGAGCAGGAGGGGAUUUCACUGAUGGCAAUAUUUCCUCUGAUUUUGAGGGCUUAGAAACAUCCAGUAUAAUCGUUGGGUUGUGUCCUGAUAUGUGCCCUGAAUCGGAAAGGGAAGAACGAGAAAGGAAAGGGGACCUUGACCAGUAUGAACGAUUGGAUGGCGAUAGAAAUCAAACCAACAAAUUUCUUGCUGUUAAAAAGUAUAAUAGGACAGCAGAGAGGGAAGAAAAUCUUAUACGUCCUAUGCCUGUCCUUCAGAAGACUAUUGAUUAUCUGCUCAAUUUGCUUGAUCAGCCUUAUGAUGAUCGGUUUCUUGGCAUAUACAAUUUCUUGUGGGACAGGAUGAGAGCAAUCCGAAUGGACCUGAGGAUGCAACACAUUUUCAACCAGGAAGCUAUAACAAUGUUAGAGCAAAUGAUAAGGCUUCACAUAAUUGCUAUGCACGAGUUGUGUGAAUACACAAAAGGAGAAGGUUUUUCUGAGGGAUUUGAUGCACACCUUAAUAUCGAACAGAUGAACAAGACUUCAGUUGAUCUGUUUCAAAUGUAUGAUGAUCACAGGAAGAAGGGAGUUACUUUUCCAACAGAAAAAGAAUUCCGUGGUUAUUACGCUCUUCUGAAACUUGACAAGCAUCCUGGAUAUAAAGUUGAACCUGCAGAGCUCUCCCUGGAUCUUGCAAAUAUGUCUCCAGAGAUAAGGCAAACCCAAGAUGUGCUAUUUGCCCGUGAUGUAGCAAGGGCUUGCAGGACAGGAAAUUUUGUUGCCUUCUUUCGACUCGCAAGAAAAGCAACUUACCUUCAAGCCUGCUUAAUUCAUGCUCACUUUGCAAAGUUGCGAACUCACGCACUCGCUUCUUUGCACUCUGGUCUACAAAAUAAUCAAGGCCUCCCAGUUGCUCAUGUUGCCAAAUGGCUGGCAAUGGAGGAAGAAGAUAUUGGAAGCCUAUUAGAGUAUCAUGGAUUUUCGAUGAAAGAAUUUGAAGAGCCAUAUAUGGUAAAGGAAGGCCCAUUUCUCAAUGGUGAUCAGGAUUACCCUACCAAGCGCUCAAAGCUAGUUCAACUGAAAAAAUCUAGAAAAAUAGUUGACAAUGUGUCACCUACUUCUCAAGUGGUGGCCUUGCCUGUUCAAGUGUCCAAGGAGAUUCAGCAGCCCAUGAUCGACAAGCCAGAAAAAAAUGUUGUUCCUUCUACUUUUGUGAAUAGCAAGAAUUCUAUUCAUGGUACUGAUGAAGAAAUGGCUGUCUCUGAAGUUGCUUCAUCCCCAAAAAUUGUCAAGCAAGUGCAGCCAAUAAUUGGAAAGUCCACAAUUGGGCUACUAAAUGAGGACAACCAUCAGGCAGGAGAUGCCUUUAUUUCUCCAUGGGGCUUCCCCAUGGUUCAUGGCUCCCCAGUUUCUCCACCAGCUAAACUCAAAGAUGUAGACAAAUCAAAUGAUGAUGUUCUUUUUGACAUCUCUGCUGAGAAGAACAUGUCGUCUGCCAUGGAAGUUAUUGCACCACAACUUGUGUCUAGAACAGCUUUGCAAGAGAGAUCCCCAAGUGCUAAAAAUGAUGCUAUGGAGAAUACAAUCCCGCAAGUUUUGAUUUCUAAUGAGUCAAAAGAUGAAGAGCAUCCUGAUAUUAAUCAAGAAAAGGAAAAUGAGGAACUUAUGGAAAAUUAUGAAGAUGAAGAAAUUACUCAGGCAAAGCUCAAGUUAAUUAUAAGGUUGUGGAAGCGGCGUUCUUCAAGACAAAGGGAGCUGCGUGAACGAAGACAGAUAAUAGCAAAUGCUGCACUAAAUUCACUGCCAUUGGGACCGCCAAUUCAAAAGGCAAAAGAUCAACUGAGCAGUGCUAGUGAGUUUGAUAUUGAACAUAUCUUAAGGGAAAGAUAUAAAAAACAUGAACAAUCAUGGUCAAGGCUGAAUGUGUCAGAUGUCACUGCGGAUAUACUUGGGAAAAGAAAUCCUGGUGCUGGAUGCCUGUGCUGGAAAAUAGUGUUGUGCUGCCAGAUGAACCACCAAGAAAGAGACAAAAUGGGGCAGAGGAACGAGGUUUUGAAUGUGGGAGCAGGCCCGUGGUUGCUUUCAAAGAUCUUGCCUUCCAAAAAAGAUGAUGAUGAUAAUGAUGAUCUGAUAGUUUCAUCUUCUGGCAUAUCAAUAUGGAAAAAAUGGGUUCCCAGCCAACAUAGUGAUGACUUGACCUGCUGCUUAUCAGUUGUUAGGAAUGUUAAUUUUGAUGGUUUAAAUGGGACGCUAGAUGGUGCUAGUGCUAUUUUGUUCCUUGUAUCUGAAAGCAUCCCAUUGAAUGCUCAGAAAGUGCAACUUCAGAACCUGCUUUUGUCCAUCCCUUCUGGUUCCUGCCUGCCCCUUCUGGUCUUGUGUGGUUCGUAUGAUAAAGAAGUUUCAGAUCCUUCCUCCACUAUAGUUUUUGAAUUGGGUCUUCAUGACAUUGAUAAAUCACGAGUAAGCAGCACUUCAGUUGUUUUCCUUAUUGGAGACCAAGAGCGGGAAUCCUUGGAUGGUUUUUUUAGUGAUGUGAGAUUAAGGGAAGGAUUACAGUGGCUGGCAAGUGAAUCACCUCUACAACCUGACAUUCACCGCAUAAAGACUCGUGAUCUGAUUCUAACCCACCUUACUCCCUCCUUGGAUUCCCUUGAAAAAGCAAGCGAUCAUGAAGUAGGUCCUAAUCACUGUAUUUCAGCCUUCAAUGAAGCCUUGGAUUGGUCUAUGGGGGAAAUUGCUGCUGCUGCCCAAUCAAGACCUAUCAGUUGGCCAUGUCCUGAGAUUGCGUUGCUGCCAGAUUCCUCUGAGGAGCAUAUGGUGGUGAACUGGUACUUGCCAAGCAUAGGGUGGAGCUCAGCAGCAAGAAUUGAACCAUUUUUAUUUGCAGUAAGGGAAUGCAAACUUCCUAUUUUUCCUGAUGCUAUAUCCUGGUCUGACAAGGGUGCUAAAUCAGGUGACGAGAUUGAGAACCUGAGAUCAGAACUUGAGAACUGCUUGAUCAGUUACUUGACUCAAUCAAGUGGGAUGAUGACAUUCAACUUAGCAAUAAAGGAGGCACAUGUAAUGCUACAAAAAAGUGCUCGGCUUGAGCUCGAUGACUCAAUCUACUAUAUCGUUCCUAAGUGGAUCUCAAUUUUUAGACGGAUCUUUAAUUGGCGGCUAGCAAGACUAUCAAAUGCGGCGUUUUCUUCAGCCUAUGUUUUAAGGCAGCAUCAUGUCAAUCCGACUUUACGCAUUCUUGAUGAUAAGCUUGGGCUUGAAGGAAAUGUAUCUCUGCCUCACUUGAGUCAACCCUCCUUGGAUGAAAUAAUUGUUGGGUGUGCCCCCCCAGUACAAAUAAGGGGUCAGCCGCAGGUGGAAGUUUUUCAAUCUCCACCAAGGAUAGAAGGUGAUGUCGAGGCAGCUACUAACGAGAAUGACUUGAUGGAGGAUGAAAGAACUACAGAGUUGGUCACCAAUCAUGUUGAUCAUGUAACAACGAGACUGAACUUUGCUGGUGCUGAUAUUAUGGUUGGCAGCAGAACGACGAAGGAAGCCGACAAACUAAGCAAGUUGUUGGAACAGUGUAACAUAGUGCAAACUUCCAUAGAUGAGAAGCUUUACCUUUAUUUCUGAUCUUCUUAUACGCCCUUUAUUUAAGUAGGGGGGUUGGUUAACUUUGUACCAUUGUAUUGAUGUACUCUUUCUUAUACAAGAAAAUAGUAAGAGCUUUUUCUGAGCAAGUAUAAAUAUUAGUUGUCUUUAAAUUGAA